AUUGCGUAUACACUAUUGCCGAUAACGCCAUCGCACACAACCAGCUCCUGAGUUAAAUAACCGUCGGUACGCUCAUGCUUCUUCGUCAAACAGACAUCAUUUCAGCGUUACCCACCGCAAGCAAUUGGCUUUCUUUGGUCUAAACGCAAUUCAAUCGAACUUUAAUUAGGACUUGUUACGUCUGGACUCCAUCAGUUCACUCAUUUUAACAGAAGCCGACGCCUAAUCCGCGGACCUGAAUUGAUAUUUAUUUCGUUCUUUUCCCUCUGUUACUUUUGGUCGCAUUUCUCUUAAAAGCUUUUGUAUUUUCUCGAGACUUCUCAUUACACUCUACAAAACAACUACUACAACAUGUUGAAAAACGCCGUGAAAUCAUUCCCCAAGGUUGCCGAUGGCUUUAUUGGCGCUAUUGGAAGAACUCCUCUUGUUCGCUUGAACAGCUUGUCUGAAGAGACUGGCUGUAACAUUCUUGCCAAGGCUGAGUUUCUCAACCCCGGUGGCAGUAUCAAGGACCGUGCCGCUUGGUAUGUCAUUAGAGAUGCCGAGAAGAAGGGUACCUUGAAGCGUGGUGGUACCGUUGUUGAGGGUACUGCUGGUAACACUGGUAUUGGUUUGGCUCACGCUGCUCGUGCUCGUGGUUACAACUGUGUUGCUUACAUGCCCGACAUUAUGGCACAAGCCAAGGUUGAUACUAUGCGCUGCUUGGGUGCUGAGGUUAAGCGUGUGCCUGUUGUUCCUUACUCUGAUCCUGAGAACUUCAACCAUCAAGCUCGUCGUUACGCCGAGACCCACCCUAAUACUGUAUGGACGGAUCAAUUCGACAACCCAGCCAACUUCCGUGCCCAUUAUGAGACUACCGGUCCCGAAAUUUGGGAGCAAACUGGUGGUAACAUUGACGUUUUCACUUGUGCCACUGGUACCGCUGGUACGCUUGCUGGUGUUACUCGCUACCUGAAGGAGAAGACCGAUGGCCGUAUGAGAGCUGUCGUUGCUGAUCCCCCUGGAAGUGUGGUCUACAGUCACUUCAUGACUAAGGGCAAGAACCCCGUUAUUGAGGGUGACACUUAUGUCGAGGGUGUUGGCCAAGGUCGUAUCACCGGCAACAUGAGCAGAGUUUAUGACAUUCUUGAUGCCGCUAACUCUAUUCCUGACUCUGAGUCCCUUGCCAUGUUGUAUCGUCUUAUGCUUGAGGAUGGAAUUUUCGUUGGUGGCUCGUCCGCCGUCAACAUCAGCUCCGCUUACCGCAUUGCUAAGGAGCUUGGUCCCGGUAAGACCAUCGUUACUGUUAUUCCUGACAGUGCUCACAAGUAUGCUCCUCGCGUCUUCAGCAAGAGCUAUCUUGAGGGAAGAGGCCUUUACGAUACUCUCCCCGAGGACUACAAAAAAUUUGUUUGUCUCCCUUAGAUGACCUUCACCUUACAUGGUUUCUGAGAAGGCUAUUGGGGUUUGCUGCUGAAUAGGGCUAAAGCUCGCCCUUCUUUGUGCCAGUGACUCACGUUCAUGUUGUUCUCUCAUAAGACUCGUUUUCAUUUGAUUCGCCAUUUACACCUUCCCGACGGCAUGCUAGACAUGUUAGGAAUAAUUCCCUUUUUGUAUACGUCAACAUCUUUAACUUGUGGCCUUAAGCCGAAUAAGACUAGAUUCAUUUUUU